AUGAAACAACAAUCAGACGAUCCAACGUCGACAACAAGUUCUAGUAAUAGUCACGGAUUUAAAAAGAAUCCGGUUUGUGUGAUCGUGCUCGGCAUGGCCGGAUCGGGAAAAACAACUUUCGUUAAGAAGUUGGCACAAUAUCGGCAUUGUAAUUCUGGUUCAUUGCCUUAUUUGAUCAAUCUGGACCCCGCGUGUCGCGAAACACCAUACCCAGUAAAUAUAGAUAUCCGCGACACGGUAAAGUAUAAGGAAGUGAUGAAACGUUACAAUCUUGGUCCUAACGGUGGAAUUGUGACCGCACUAAAUUUAUUUUCAACCAAGUUUGGAAAAGUGAUUGAGCUAAUCGAAAAAGCUCAGGAUACCCAUGAAUACUGUAUCAUCGAUACCCCCGGGCAAAUUGAGGUAUUCACUUGGUCAGCAUCUGGUACCAUAAUUACAGAGGCACUGGCUACGUGUUUUCCCACUGUUAUUGUUUAUGUAAUGGAUAUCGUGCGUUCGACUAGUCCUACCACUUUCAUGUCCAACAUGCUGUACGCCUGCUCGAUUUUGUAUAAAGCGCGUCUACCCUUUAUUAUUGUUAUGAACAAAGUUGAUAUACAAGACUGCGAAUUUGCCGUACAAUGGAUGCAGGACUUCGAAACAUUUCAAGAGGCGCUCGAAAACGAGACAGCCUACGUUACUAAUCUUACCCGUACCAUGUCCCUCACAUUAGAUGAGUUCUACAAAAAUUUAAAAUCUUGUGGUGUUUCGUCCAUGACUGGAGCUGGAUUUGAUAAUUUUUUUAUGUUGAUCAAUGAAGCUGUUCAAGAGUAUGAAAGCGUCUACAAGCAAGAGUAUGAGAAGAUACGAAAAGAAAAAUUAAACAAACACGGAACAGCGGAAGGAUUUUCAAAAGCUGCGAGUAACAGCGUAGGAGUAGAAAUUUCUCUAACUAAUGAAAUUGGUGUGAAUGCGGAACACAAUGAUACCAUUUACUUGAAGCAUCCGGCCAACGAAAGUUCCGACGAUGAUGAAGGCCAAGAAUGUGCGGAUACGAUUGUGUCAGUUGGAGACGACGAAGCGGAAGAGUUAAAUUUCAACAGUUUUAUUCAGCAACGACAGUGUCAGCAGAACGAAAAGAAACAAAAAUAUGUUAGUAAAUAAAUCAUCAUCUAACGUUCAACCGGUAGAGCCAAAAUCUAUUUUUAUCAUU